AUGUCGGCUCCUUCUGGUUCUCCAGCCUUUGCCCCGUACGUGCCAGGGCGGGUUCCCUCACAGAGCAAACAACACCACACCGCCGCCAGCAGUAACGCGAACCGUAAUUCCUGCAGCAGUUCCCUGCCGUCUCUUGUCCCUUCCACAAGUCACGCCCGCGAGGCAUUAGACGGGGGGAAUUAUGUAAACCCUGGCCCUUCGCAGAGAGCCACAACGACGGAUCUUCUGCAGGUGAUUGAGCAGCAGCGGAAGGACCUACUGGCGCGGACCGAUAGCGUGAACGCCAUUCAGCGAAAUUUUGAGCGGUUGAGUGAAAUGUACCGCGGCGACCGAGCCGAGUUGGAGAAAUUGCGGGAGGAGGUGCAACGACUCCGGGAGCGGGAUGCCGCUGGCGAGAGUGAGUUGAAGGUUUACGCCGCCGUGCGGGCGGAGUUGGAGUUCCUCCUGGAAUCCCACAAAGAAUUGCAGGAGACACGAAGACAGGAACAGCAGAAAUUUAAGAGCAACGCCAAUGAGGCGCGGGAGCAGAUGGAGAAGCAGCAGCGAUUGAUUACUCAGCUGCAGGGCGAAUGUGAACAGCUGUGUCGCGUCUCCACGGAGGGGGAAGAAAAGCUGAGACGCGUCACCUCGGAGCUUAAGGAACUGACUGGAGAGGUGGUGCAGUUCGCGAGGGAGGUGCGGGGCCGUGUCAACUCGAUGCCCGUGGAAACUCUCACUCACAAUCACAGUCAAGAAAUGAGUAGUAAUGAGAGGAACAUGUCGGAUGCCGGGUGCACCGUUAGGGCUGCAUUAACCGACGCAUGGGACUCUGUUGACGCGGUGUGUGUUGCUCUGCGGAAGGCGCAUGUUUCGAUGGAUCAAAUGGCGAAGAGGCGAAUAGAGAGGCACAACGUGUCGUUAUUGAACCUUAUGCAGCAGAUUGAGACGAUGGUGCGAGAGGCGGUGUCUCAGGAGGAGGCAGCGUGCCGUGAAACGAUAUAUGCGAGACGACAAUGCAGCUUACAGGAGAUACACGAGCAAAAUGAAUGUUUACUGCGGCAGAGGGUGCAGGAGGAGCUCGCGUUGACGCGUGGUGAGGUGCAAGAGCGGGGGAAGGCACAUGACAGCAUUGUUUCCAAUCUGGAGCGUCAGGUGACGGAUAUCAAAAAAUGUCUGCAGGAUGCACAGGCGGAAUAUGAAAAUCUACAGCAACGACAUCAGACGGGUGUGACAACGUUGAGUGAAAUUUUUCAACAGCAGACGUUGCAGUUGCGUGGGGAGAUGCAAGAGUUAAAGACGCAGCAUGAAAGGGAGUUAGCGACACAACGUCGUCUGCAUGAGUCCAAAUUGCAGGCGUUACGUGAGCAACACAUGUUGGCUUUGCAGAAACUGAAGGAGUCUUUUGUAGCAGAGUAUGAAACGAAGGAGUCUGUUUGGCAGGGUCGUCUAAGGAAGCUCAACGAGAAACUCACUCAGUGCACGGAAUGGAUGCAUACCACACGCAGCGAGAUGAAAAAAGUGCAUGCCAGAGAGAAGACAACGUGUGAUUUUCUUGACGCUUCACUCGUGGCAGCCAACCGUGCCCACGGCGAGUCGUUUCUGCGACAUGAAGCAACCGCGCGCGAGGGUCUGAUGGAGUUUGAGGAGGCGCAACGUCUGAGCCUUGUGCGGCAGGCAUCGGACGCAUGCAAGGCCUUUUCCGCAGCGGCCGAAUGGAAGGCAGAAACGCGUCGCGUUGCGUCUUUUAACGCCGUCGAGAAGGAUGAGGCGACGCGGCGCUUCUUGAUUUUGUUGGAUGCGUGGGCGACGGCUCCCGUUGUGGAGUGCGGGCGGUCUCUGUUUGAACCGCGGCUGCAGGAGGAAAGGCGGCUUGCCGUGAAGGCGAUGUGUUCUUCCCAACAUGCGUCUCUGGAGGCGAUGCGGCUGCAGCUGCGAGAACUGCGCCGAGGGACUUUGAGCGUGUCGCAGAGUUUACAUGACAUGAGACAGGAGCAUUCUCGGCUAUCUAGCUCAACAUUAGAACUUACCCGACGACUGGAGUUGUCAUGUGCGGCAUCCACGUCUUUUUUUUCCCAGCAACAGCGACAACAACAGGAGGAACGUGGAAAGACGAUAUUGACAAUACGAGCGUUGAUGCAGAAACUUAUGACGGUUGAGGAGGCAGCGGAGAGCGCCUAUUCGUGUGGGAUAUGCUUACAAGUGUGUCGCAACCCUUUGACAUGUGUACCUUGUGGUCACACGUUCUGUGAGUUUUGUCUUUUGAAUCAUCCACGGAAUAGAAUUUCUACAGGAAAUACCGCACAGUACUGCCCGGAGUGUGGCCUGGCGACGUGUAACAUGGUGGUACGUGUACGUGCCCUCGAGACACUCUCUGGUAACUUUAGCUUCAGGAAGAAAGGGACGAAGGAAUUGCAACGUGUGCUCGAAGCGCUGGCAACGCAGUGA